AAUCAAAUUGCGUAAUAUCCCCAAGCCCAAGAUGAAGGUCUGUGUUCUUGGUGAUCAAGUCCAUUGUGAUCUGGCUAAGGCAAACGACUUGCCCCAUAUGGAUAUUGAAGCUCUAAAGAAACUCAACAAAGACAAAAAACUUGUGAAAAAAUUAGCCAAGAAGUAUGACGCCUUCCUUGCUUCUGAGUCUCUGAUCCGUCAAAUUCCCAGAGUUCUAGAGCCGGGUUUGAACAAAGCUGGCAAGUUCCCCGCACCAAUUACCCACAAUGACAGUCUUAAUGCAAAGAUUGAGGAGACCAAAGCCACCAUCAAAUUUCAGAUGAAAAAAGGUACUUUGUUUGGCUGUUUGCAUUGGACAUGUCAAUAUGAAUUCAGACUAGCUGUACCAAAAUGUAACUUUGGCUAUCAACUUCCAGGUGUCCCUCUUGAAGAAAAAAUUGGCAGAAUGUGAGAGCAUUGUAUAUCAAGAGCACUAUGGGUCCAGCUGAAAAUACAUAC